AUGGUCGACGUCGUCCUGAACGACCACGGUAUCAAACAGGGCUCUCCGGAUCCGUAUCUCCCCCAGGACGUCCUAGACACCGUCAUCGACAUCCUCGGCAAUGAAUGGCUCAGCUGCUCCCAGGACGAAGACGCGCGAGACGCGCUCUGCAAGUGUAUGCUGGUAUCGCGCGCAUUCUUCGUUCGUGCCCGCAAGCACAUCUUCGAACGGCUCUAUCGAAGCUAUGAACGGCGGGAGCCCGUCACAGCGCGCGACGUCGAGUUCUUCGGCGCCUCUCCCGGAUCGCCGUCACCGAAUGGACUCGGUGUGCUACCCCCCAAGGCAUUUCUGCGCGAGGUGAAUAUCGUGUUCGAUAAUUCCAAGUCCCACGAGAAGAGGAUCCGGAAGCGGCUGGCGCACUUGUACACCCUUCUGACUAUGGAGGGCGUGGUAUCGACGCAGCUGAAGACGUUCUUCUUCCAGGCUGUGGGCCAGUACCAUCUCCGUGCUGCUCUCCUGGAGUUCAUCCCCGCAAUAUGCUCGUCAACGUCCACCACGAUGCUUCGCUUCUCGCACAUAGAUGAUUUCCCGAUGGCAGCUCUCUCACAUUGCACUAACCUGCGUUGGCUCUCGCUCAUCGACGUCUGGCCCAAGACGCGGGAGGACUUGACCAACACAGACCUAGUCGUGACAUGGAACGAGGAGGGGUUUUGCAAUCUCACGUCCCUCCAGAUUGACUCAAGCGAGUUUUGUAUGGCUGUCCUCCCGCAGGCGGCGUUUAAGAACGAGAAAGCGUUCACGCGCAUCGAGGAGGUUGACUUCGUCGUGAAUGGAGGCGUGAGCGGAGAGCCUAUCCUCCAAGAGUUCGAAAUUAUCCGUCGAGCAAGGAACACAUUGGAACAUUUGUCCAUUGAUGUUAUCCACUUUGGAGCUGACGAAACCGACGAGGAUCUUGCUGAAAGUGGCACGUUCGAUCUUUCAUGUUUCCCAAGGCUGACGCUCCUAGAGUUUAAAUGCUCUUUGAAGACGCAUGAGCCCUUCACAAAGCGGUUCUCCUCCCUCUUUACCGGACUGCACUCCCCGAGCACAAUCCACACCAUGAACCUCACCAUCUUCUUUGAAGGCCCGCCUUAUGACGCAGACAAAGACCAUCCGAUCCCGCUCACGGCGGACUGGGCUGCUCUCGACGAUAUCCUAGUCAAUCGGAGCGUCUUCCCUCGGUUGACGUUCUUGGACUUCCGGUUCAUGAUUCUGGUCAUUUAUCGCCCGCUCGAGGGAAUGGACUACAGGCGGCUGGCGGUCCAUCAGAGUAGGAUGCAUACGCUUGCUGCGAUGAAGAGAUUUGCGAAAUCUGUAUUCCCGAAGGUUGCGAGGUGCCCAUUGAUCAAGGAUCAGCGAGCGUACGAGGUGCGCUGA